CAGACCUACAUAGCACAGACACAGAGACAACAUGAAAGCUAUUGCAGGUUGCCUUUUGCUGGUGUUGUGUUCUGCGGUUGAGUGUUCUUGGGCAACAUGGGAAUGCAAAGAGGCUCCAAAGCUGUAUAGUAUCAGACAGAUUGAUGCUGGAAUGGGACAAGUGGUUGCAGCGACAAAAUAUGGACGGCCAUAUCAACUAAGCGGAAGGUACUGGUACAGUCUGGGCUUAUCCAGGCUCAAGCAUGUCAGUGUGGGACCUGCAGGAGCGUGGGGAUGUGACAGCAGCAACAAGGUGUACAAACUUGUAGGCGGAAACUGGAAAGUUGUCAAUGGUCAAACCUUGCAGCAGGUGGAUGCUGGAGGUGAUGGUCAGGUUGUUGGAAUAGCACCCACCACCAAUGACACCUACUGUCAGACAGCCAAAUACGCUGGUAGCUAUUAUGGAGAGGGCACUCUUGCCUGGACUGGACUUACAAAGUCAUUGGUAUAUGUUAGCUGUGGGAAAAUGUACGGCUGCUGGGGACUCGACACAAAAAACAGGACCUUUGUGGCAAAGAAAGUCAACUCAACAACCUGUGUAACUGAAGGCUGGACACUUGUGGAUGGGCCAGCAAUGCAAAUGAUUGAAGUGUCAACUGAUGGAGAGGUUUUUGGAGUGACUUCAGAUGGCAAGGUGUUUCAAAGACUUGGCAUCACUGAUUCACUGAGAGAAGGCAGCGGAUGGGUAAAAAUCCCAAUGUGCAUGCCCAUCAGUCAUUUGACCUAUGACCUGAACCAUCUUUGGGUCGUGACCACCUCUGGUUGGCUGUUGCAGUGCACUCAAGAAGAAGCAGCACCACCAGCACCACCAGCCUAACACUGGACUAGUCUCUUCAUUCUCAAGAAUCACUCACAUGUAGAACUUUCUCCUGUCUGUUGGUGUUGUUUCUUCUCUGAACAUUUUGAGUUUUCUGAUCUUUCCAAACAAAAUGUACAAAAGAAGUACAACUUUGUUUAAAACCUUUAAUUGUGGGUUCACUAUGAUUUUCAUUUUUCUGAAACUGAAUGUUCAAAUCAGGAAAUAUAAUAAACGUUGAUAUCAGCAGCA